GAUGGUGAUUUUAUUUAUUAUUGUAAGCUGAAUAAUGGACGGUGCCAAAAAGUAUGCGUCGGUUGUCAAUUUAGAAACAAACGCUUGUAUGAUGGUGAUCGAUAUCAGAAAGAUGAUACGGUCUUUGAAUGUGAGGUUAGACCAGAUAAAUAUGGUCAUAAACCAGUUGGAUGCGUGGUACGUGACGAAAGAGGCGAAGCUAUAGAAAGAAUUCUUGGCUGUCGGUGGUAUCAAAAGACGAAAAACUCAAAAAUUGAACAAAUUUGUUUGCUGGAAAACAACAAGACCAUCGUCAAAACAUUAGGAUGCGUCUUCGUUUACAAAGGAUACGACACAUUAUUCGUCUAUCCUGGUACCUAUACCAUUUGGAAUCAGCCAUUAAAUAAUGCUCCCAUUGGUGUCGCUUGUAAGGUAAGUUUUAUGGGACCUUCUCUUCCUAUGCUCAAGUUUUUUACAGUCAAGGUAAAAAGAUAG